AUGGCCCCAAAGGCCAUUGCUUCAAAAGGAACAACCCAGGUAUGUUACCUUCAGAACGCUCAUUGUGUACGGUCCGAUAAUCGGUUUUUACUGCUAUUUCCUCGCCCACAUGGAUACGAUCACGGUAUUUGUUGUUUUGUUGACCUGUGCUCUCAGCUGGUGUAUUGCAUCAAUAGCCUUCUCCUUAGUGGAGACGUUGAAACGAAUCCAGGACCACCAAAAAAAGACAGCAAAAAAACAAAACAAGAUAACGUAGUUUCGGUUACAGAGGACUCGAGGGCUGCUAAUUCGGGUGAGAGCGAUAAUGACGGAAGAGAUAUCGAGAGACAACCCACAGUUUCGGAUAUGUUUGCUGAAUUGCUGGCUGGCCAGAAAAAGAUGGCUCAGGACAUAGCUCAAAUCAAAUUAUUCCAACAGUCGGUUAACUCCCGAUUUGACGCUCUUGAAGCACGAGUGGCUGCCCUCGAGUCGCCUUCUGCCACGCCAAGUGUCCCUUGUACAUCUUGUGACAAUCUGCUUAUAGAGCUUAAGUCAUUGUCUGGUGUGGUAGACAGACUCGUCGCGAGGAAUGACGACAUGGAAAACCGCUUGCGCAGAAAUAAUCUAAUCUUAUAUGGCCUCACCGAAAGCGCAGACGAAACUAGUGAGUCAUUACUCUCUAACGUAUCAAAAAUAUUCUCGGAUAAACUGAUUAUUGACUGCCCACGUAUUGAAAGGUGCCAUAGAAUAGGUCGAAAACACGACGAUCGUUCACGUCCUGUCAUUAUGAAACUCCUUGAUUUUCGCGAAAAAAUGGAAGUAUUGAAAAAUUCUUUCAAGCUUAAGGGUUCAGAUAUUCGUAUAUCGGAAGACUUCUCUGUUCAUGUCCGUUCUGUUCGAAAGAAAAUAUGGGAUGCGACGGCCUCUUUCCGUGACAGUGGCUCCUCCGUUCGCCUUCGAUAUGAUCAUGUGUUCAUCAAUAAUGAGCGAUAUAAUUGGGAUGUUAAAACUAAUACUCUGGUUAAGUGUUCCGACUACUCCGCCCAGUCUACUACCACCGCCCCAUCUACUGGUGGUCGUUGACUCGGCCGCGGUUUAAAAGACGGUUUAAGUGAAAAUCUUUGUGUCUUGAAUGUUAACGCCAGAAGUUUAGUAAACAAGUUCCCCGAUUUUCUGUCACUAAUUUCUUCCCACUCUGCUCACAUUAUUGGAGUCACUGAAACAUGGUUACAUGAUGGCAUAUACGACACCGAAAUUACACCCUCUGGUUUCUGCGUGGUUAGAGGUGAUAGAAAGUACGGGCGUGGCGGUGGCGUCGCACUCUUUUUAAAGUCCAAUAUUAAAUUUUCAGUUAUACAGGGUCCUCCCCAGAUUGAAUCAGUGUGGUGCAAACUUAAUGUGGAUAAUAUAUCUUUAGUUGUUGGCGUUGUCUACCGCCCUCCCGGCUCUCCCAUUGAUCAGUUACAUGCUUUAUGUGACUUUAUGUACGAGCAUAACCUGUCUUCUUCCAAUUUAAUAUUAAUGGGUGAUUUCAAUUUACCUGGCAUCCAGUGGUCGUCUUUGUCGCUAUCUGGUCCUGACGUUCAAAUAUCUAGAGAGUUAGUGAACUUUUCUUUGUCAUUUGGUUUAAAACAGAUUGUUCAGGAGAGCACGAGAGAGUCGUCAGUUUUAGAUUUGGUAUUUCUUAGUAUACCUCUUCUAGAAAACCAUUUUGAAUGUGAAGUCGUUGACGGUAUAUCAGAUCACAGGGCAGUCUUUGUUUCUGUUGCUUAUCCUGUCCCUAAAACACGUUUUGUUUACCACACUUUUCCUGAUUUUAACCGUGCCGAUGAUGUGUCCAUAAUUGACUCAUUAAGCUAUUCCUUUGAAGUGUUUGAACAACUUAGUAUCUCCAGUGACGUGAAUGUACUCAUUACAUUUUUUGAAGACUUGGUUAAAUCGUGUAUCCAGCGAUUUGUGCCACUCAAAACUAAAAAAAGUAACAUUGUCAAACCUUGGAUAACAAGAGAAUUAUUACAUUUAUCGCGACGGGUCGGCAGACUGCGGAGUGGAAAACGUUGCGCUGACCCAGUAAAGUCUGCUCAGUUUAUUCAAGCUAAGGAGGAACUCCGACUAAAAACUAAUUCCGCGAAGGACUUCUAUUUCCGUGUUACCUUACAAAACUUAAUAAAAUGCAACCCUCGAAAAUUCUGGAAAUCUAUUUUACCAGGCAGCACAAUUUCAAACUCGUUUAUAAUUAACGACGUAACUACUAUGGACGCGCUGACAAUCGCUACAGCGUUUAAUACGUACUUUCAGUCAGUAUUUACAGUUGAUAAUUUCGAAGUUCCUCCUUUUACUCAUGUUUCGCAGUCUGCGGUUGACGACAUAGAUGUGAACGUUCGGGGCGUACUAAACCUGAUUUUGAAGUUAGACACUAAAAAAAGUC